AAGGACGACGUGAACGAUAAGAGCACCGAAAAGCUUAAGGAGAAAGAGUGCGAAGCCAUUAAAGAUCGUUACUUAGGUAUUGUGAAACGUAAGCGAAGAGUGCGUCGACUGAAUGAACGGAAGUUUGUGUUUGAUUGGGACGCGGGAGAGGACACGUCCAACGACUACAACGUGCUCUAUAAGGACAGACACACCAUCCAGUUCUACGGGAGGGGACACGUGGCCGGCAUCGACAUCAAGUCCCAGAAGAAGGAACAGUCGAAGUUCUACGGAGAGCUCCUCGAGAAGAGACGGACCAAUGCCGAGAAGGAACAGGAGAUCGUUCGGCUCAAGAAAGUGCAGAACAAAGAGGACAAAGUGAAAUGGGAUGAAAGGCAUUGGACGCAGAAGUCGUUGACCGAAAUGACUGAAAGGGAUUGGCGUAUAUUCAGAGAGGACUACAACAUCGCCAUCAAAGGCGGCAGAAUUCCCAACCCAUUGAGGAGUUGGGCCGAAGCGGGUCUUAACAAA